UUCCCCAAAUCAAUAUUUCUCUCUCUCUCUCUCUCUCUCUCCUCUCUCUCUGUCUCUCCACUUUCUCUCUCUAGGGUCCUAAGAAACACAGGCGUGCUGCAAGUCCAGAAGCUCAUCCAUGGCGUCCACGUCCAGCGGUUCCCCUCCAAAGGCUGCUUCCAGUCCAAGCCAUCCACCCUAUGUUGAUAUGAUAAUAAGCGCUAUAACUGCACUGAAAGAGGAGAAUGGUUCGAGUAAGAGGGCUAUUGACAAAUACAUGGAGGCCAACUAUCCAAACCUUCCUCCCACCCACACUGCUCUCCUUGCACAUCACCUCCGAAGACUCAAAGAGUGUGGAGAGCUUGUAAUGGUAAAAAAUUCCUACAAGCUACCCAACCAAGCUGAACCUCAAGCUGAAGCUGGAGCUGAACCUGGACCUGAGGAACCCACUAACGCAGAGCCCACCGGUGAGCCCAUUGCGUUGGUUGUUACCCAAGUUGGGCCUUCUCCGACCAAGUCGGGAAGGCCGAGAGGCAGGCCUCGCAAGAGCAAGCCCACUGUUGUACCCAUUGGGCCCCCAAGGCCACGGGGCCGACCGCCAAAGCCCAGGAGUGCAGCUGUUUUGGCUGCUGCUGUUGCUGCGAAGCCCUUUCCCAGGCCAAGGGGUAGGCCUCCAAAGCCCAGGCCUGAUGGCUCUGUCAGUCCUGUUGUGCCCAUUAGGCCUCCCAGGCCCAGGGGCCGCCCGCCGAAGUCUUCAGGGACCGGAGCUCGGCGUGGAAGGCCUCCAAAGGUUCCUAGGGAGUAGGAUGACCUUUUUCUCUCUACAUGAAACUGCUACUGCUGAUCUCUCUCUCUUAGUGGGUUUUGGACCUGACUGGAGUGUGGCCUGCUCUCUGUGAAGGUGCUAAUGGGCUUAUCUCAUCUCUUCGUUUUAGUCUUCUUCUCUCUCUGUCCCCACCACGCAUAGUGCUUGUUUUUACCCUUUUCACUUGUGGUUUUCUUUUCUAUUGUGUGAAAGAAAGGUUAGGGGGAUUUAUAUUGUUGGAUGAUGGUGCUGCAAAUUGAAUGUAACAUUAUGAUGAGUAGGUAGACUCACAUUUGACGGACUAAAUUUAUCUUCACCUGUUUCUCUCUCU